AACCCCAGUCGCCUGGGAGUCGUUGAUCGGCGAAAAACCCUAACUUGGUCUGGUUAUCGGACGCUCUGUUCAUCAGCUUGGCCUUAGCAUUGAAACACCGAAAACUCCUGGCUAGAAGAUGGAGAACAAGUGCCGCUGCGGUGCACAGACCAUCGGUGGGCAGAACAGAACUGUCUUCUGCGAAGGUCCCCUGCUAGACGCUGUUCAGCGGUCGAAUAUGUUUCCCUGCUGCAAACACUUUGUGGACAUGAGCUGCAUUUUUUCGCCCACCCAAACGAUGGCCGAUUAUGACAUGUUCUCCAAUUGCCGCAAGAACGACGGCUCCGUGAGGUUCCUGCAAAUGUUUGUGGAGAGACACUUUAAUGAUCCUGGAUCGGAGCUGGAAACCUGGACUCCUCCCGAUUGGAAGGCUCAGCCAUCCUUUCUAGUCAAGAUCUCUGACCCCGAAAUAAAGCAAUUCGGAUCUGAUGUCAACAAACUUUGGAGGCAAUUAGGGCGACGCGUUAAAGAUGAAGUCAAAGAGAGUCCCGAUCAGUACUCUAUACUUUACAUACCCAAUCCCUUCAUAGUGUGCUCCUCGCAUUGCCGGGAGUAUCGAUACUGGGAUUCGUUUUGGAUCAUUCGAGGUUUACUUAAGUGUGGCAUGCAUCAAACUGCCCGGGGCAUGAUCGACAACUUUUUGGCACUAGUUCAGCAAUACGGAUUUGUGCCUGGUUGUGGCCGGAUUUACUGCACGGGACGAUCGAACCCGCCACUCCUCAUAAUGAUGGUUAAAUCCUAUGUGGAGGUGACCAAGGACGAAAAGUACGCAUUGAACUCGCUGCCGCUAUUGGAGACCGAGUACGAGACCUUCAUAAGCAAGCACUCGAUUCAGGUGAGGGGCAGGACCAUGUAUCAGUACAGGGACUCAUCCGCAGGACCAAGACCGGAGGCUUACAGGGAAGAUCUGAGGAGUGUGGCCACCAUCAGUGAUCCUCUCGACCGAGAGGUUCUGUUCACUGAACUAAAAUCAGCAGCUGAGUCGGGCAUGGACUUUAGUUCCCGCUGGUUUAUGGCCCCCGAUGGCUCCAAUCAGGGAUCCCUGGCGGACACAAAAACCUCGGCCAUUGUGCCCGUAGAACUGAACGCCAUUGUGUUCCGGAGUGGCAAAAUCCUGGCCGAAUUCAAUCGCAAGGUGGGCAAUACCAAAAAAGCCGAUGAGUACCAGGAUCGAGCUUGUGGCCUGGUCAAAGCUAUUCGGGAUAAUCUGUGGAACGAUAAGGCCGGGAUUUGGUUGGACUACGAUGUGGCCAACAACAGGCCGCGCAACUACUUCUGCUGCACGAACUUCGCUCCCUUGUGGGCCAGGGCCUAUCCCCUGGUCGACAGCGACAAGGUUUCCAAGGGGGUGAUGCAGUACAUCCAUACCAAUAAUCUGGAUGAAAUGUACGGGGGCGUGCCGAACACCCUAAAUAAGGAGGCGGGCCAGAAGUGGGAUUACCCCAACGUCUUUCCACCCAUGAUGUUCCUGGUCAUCGAAGGACUCGACAAUCUGGGAACUCCGGCUUCCAAGGCAAUGUCCAAAAGAUGGGCCCAUCGCUGGGUCAAGUCCAAUUAUGCGGCCUACAAGUACGAGAACUUCAUGUUUGAGAAGUAUUACUGCGAGGAAUUCGGCUCUUCCGGAGGAGCAAGCCCGGAAAACACUCCAGUGGGAUACGGCUGGUCUAACGGCGUGGUCAUCGAGUUUCUCUGCAAGUACGGAAAGGAAAUAAACCUGGCCGACGACGUCGACGAGGGCUGCAAGUGCAAGGCGCGCAAGUCACCAGGGACGAGAAACGGGAAGCACUCGUACAUCAUUACCAGUGAGGCGGACAUGGAUGACCAGGUAUCCAAGAAGUCCUGCGUUUGUGCUGCUCCUUCAACAGCAACAGGAGCAUCAGGAGCAACAGCAGCGACGGCAAGCAAAUCCACAUCUACAAUGAACGGACCAGCUCAACCGGAUGACAGUUGCUCUUGUGGCAUUGCCCAAGCUGCCAAGCAGCAAAAUCAGCAGCAGCAACACGGACAAGCAGGGCAGGAUGGCAAGUGUUCCUGUGGGCCACAGCAAAAGACUCACCAGCAAUCGCAAGCUCAAAUGCAGCGAUCUCAGCCGCAGGUGCAACAGGGACAAGCAGGAGCAGGAGCAGAUUGCGCUUGUGGAGCAGGAGCACGUCUGCAACAACAGAAGUCCCAGCAGCAAUCACAAGCAGUGGGUGCUCCAAAUGCAGCCAGUUGCGGAAUAUGUGGUGCACAGAAACAGCAGCAAUCGCAAGCCCAAAUGCAGCGAUCUCAGCCGCAGAUGCAACAGGGACAAACAGGAGCAGGAGCAGAUUGCGCUUGUGGAGCAGGGGCACGUCUGCAACAACAGAAGUCCCAGCAGCAAUCACAAGCAGUGGGUGCUCCAAAAGCAGCCAGUUGCGGAAUAUGUGGUGCACAGAAACAGCAGCAAUCGCAAGCCCAAAUGCAGAGAUCUCAGAUGCAACAAACAGGGGCAGACUGCGCAUGUGGGGCAGAAGCACAUCUGCAGCAGGAAACGGCCCAAAUGCAGCGAUCUCAGCAGCAGAUGCAACCAGAACAACCUGGAAAAGAUUGCUCUUGUGGAGCAGGAGUGCAAUCUGCGCGAUACCAGCAGCAACUACAAUCCCAGCACGAUCCGGAUUGUCCUUGCUCCGGCCAGCCGAAACCAAUACCAAAGGGGCAAUCCCAGGUAUCGGGAACCAUUGUCUUCCAGGGACAACAUCCACCGGAAGAUGCGGACUGCGAGUGCUCCGUUGAUGAGCGGCAGCAGCAACAGACGCAACAGCAGCAGCAGCAACAGGAUUGCAUGCAGCAGCAAAGGCAGCUGCAACAGGAGCAUCAAAGUCAGCAGCAGCAGCUGCAAAGCGACCAGGAGAAGGAGGAUUGCUCAUCGAAACCAAUGCCCCAGGAUUGCUCCCAGUAUCUAAAGGAGCAGGGGCAGGAACAACGGCAAUCUGAAGGCACCUGCGGUUGCAUGGACGACGAGGAUCAGGAACUGCAGAGGCAACACGACCAGCUCACUGGCCACUACUUUCCAGUGGUCGAUAAGGAAGCGGGUGAGUGCUCGGACCAGGAAGAACACUCGUCACCGCAAAAGACAGAAUGCGAUGGAUCCGGCAGGGAGGAUUGCCCGGAAGGUCCGGAAGAAGAUUGUGGCUGCAGUGGACAGGAUAAGCAGCAACGGGCACCCGUUGCGGAAUGUGCUCAGCCAAAGACGCAACAAUAUGGAGCUGCCGAUGAUUGCAGUUGCUCCUUGGGUAAAGGUCAAGGUCAAGCACCACCGCCCACCUUCAUAUGUCCGCAUUGUGGUGGCAUAACCAGUGAGGCGCAGUUCAACCACGUGUCCACCCAGUCCCAGAUUGACCCCAAUCGACCCUCGUUGCCGCCGGAAGAUGACUGCGACUGUACCAAGGGAGCAGCGGGUCAGCAACUUCGCGAAUUGGCCAGCAUGGGUCUGCAGAGUGGUCACAGCAAGGUGGUGGCAGGUGGUCCAAGUGGUGCCCAGAAACCAGAGUGUGGUCCCUGCAAGGCUCACAUGGCAUCAGACUAUCCGCCGGACCAUGGACCCAGGCCCUUGUACAACAAACAAUUUCCACUGGCCGAUCCUGUGAGUAAGAUCCAAGGUUGUCCCACGGUCAAUGAGGAGAAAAGCAAGAAGAGAAAGUGCUGCAAUUGCGAUGAAAAGGAGGAAUAGGUCUACUUCACCUAGAGAUUAAUUACAAUCAAUUAAAAUCAAGCGAGGGCCCAACCGAAGAACUGGAAGUAAAUUUUUGGUGUGACAAAUUCUUAGAACUCUUUUAAAAUUCAAAAGCCUUAGGACCUCGACUUUUGGCCACCAAUUACAUAUUAAAUUAUUGUAUUAUAUUUAAUAAGUCAUUUUGAAACAUAAAAUUACUUUGUUGAAGUACGAGUACACAGUA